CCCCCUGCCCGCCCGGCUCCGCCCGCCACAACCACCUCGCCUCGCCGCCCCUCGCCUCCCCUCUCCUCUCCUCGCCUCUCCUCCCGCCCGGGUGCCACCGAGCCGAGGCGCCGGGCGGGCAGCGGGCGGGCGGGCGGCCGCGCCAUGAGCGCCGAGUGCAGCAGUUACCUCAACGCCGACAAGGUGCUGGUGAGCGGGUUCAGCUGCCCGCGGGCGGGCGGCGACGCCCGCGCCGUGUUCUGCUGCGGCUUCCAGGACGUCAAGUACUGCUGCGAUGACCCCCACAGCUUCUUCCCCUACGAGCACAGCUACAUGUGGUGGCUCAGUGUUGGAGCACUCGUGGGCCUGUCAAUAGCAGCAGUGGUCCUCUUUGCUUUUAUCAUCACUGUGUGUGUUCUCUGUUAUUUGUUUAUCAGCACCAAGCCACGCAGCAAACUUGAUACUGGUUUGAGCUUACAGACAGCAGACAGUGAGGCCAGAGGGAGUUCGAUAUGUUAAAGACAGAGGCACUGAAUGGAUUCUACCAAUGUUACAAAGAAAAGAGAUACAGAGCUGCAUCCAUGACAAAGCCCCCUCCAAAACAAGUUGUUGACAGAGCCAAGUGACUUCAAGACACUUCCUCAGCCACAAGGAUGGACUGUGACUGUAAGCCACGAGAACCUGCCUCACUCUUCCAGAGGUGUUUCCUGGCUCUUACAACCACUGUCGAUAGCCAGAGGCAAAUUGGAAGCUGUGCCAGGCUGUGUUUGUGUAUGAUUGCUAUACUGAGAAGUUGUGUGUUUUGAUUUGCACGUCAGCUACUGCUGUUCAGUCAUUUUCAUGCAAGUUGUCUCUACCCUGUACAAUUCCAGCGAGAUAACACAGUUGUCAAGCAGAGCAGAAUUUGGCACACCACAUUGACCAAGCUUUAUUUUAAGCUUUCCCUAUGUACCAUCUCAGUGUGGUGUCUUCAUGCCAUGAACAUGGUUGUCUUUAGCCAAAUAUGACUGUUCAGUGCACAAACCAAUGUGUAUGUAGUACCUCAAUAAAAUCUGGCAUUUGUGUUGAA